AUCAAACCAAAGCGCAUCGCUAUUGGACGCAGUGAGGGUUGGACUCGAGCACCCCGCUUGCUGUUAUUCAAACGCAGGGAGCGCGUGCGGCCAGUCGCUCCUCGUUGCGCGCUGGAUAUGGAUCAGGACUCUGCGCGCUUACCCACUGUCUCCCGCGGACAGGCUGCACUCUGCGGCGCAUAAAAGGUGUCCAAAUGAACCGCCGCCCUCCCGGCUCCUCCGGCGUGCAAUGGCUUAACAGGAGAGACAUGAAUGUCCGGACGGAUGACAGCGUCACUCUGUGCCAAAGGGCUCUCCAAAUCGUUACGGAACUUUGUCUCGCGGGACACGUAGACCGGGAGAAAUGUUCGGAUAUAUUCCCCCUUGAGAGCAACAUACCAGGUAAAGGACACGCAGACAUCUCUAUUAGUCUCCUUGCUGUGGUCGUGGGUUUCUGUGGACUCGCCCUGUUGGUAGUCUCUCUCUUUGUCUUUUGGAAGCUGUGUUGGCCCAUCUGGAGGAGCAAGGCUCUGUCAGCCCACGCUGAAAAUGUGCUCCGUGGGGGUUUCCCCGAGGCACCUCCACCCAACUCCCCGCCGGUUACUGAGUUUAAAGUGGCGGAGGUGGAAAAGAAGCAGCCGCCUGAAGUGAAGGUGAAUGGACGGAGCUCUGUUAAGCUACUGGAGGCAGCCAUGAAGAUCAGCCAAACGUCUCCAGACAUCCCUGCCGAGGUCCAGACAGCUCUGAGGGAGAAGCUCAGCCAGCAGGCUAAAAUCCAGAGGCAGACCACUGAGCCAACCUCCUCCUCCAGGCACAAUUCAUUCAGGCGCCACCUGCCUCGUCAGAAGAAUGUCACCAGUGUUGACUUCACCAUGGACACAGUGCCUCUCCGCCAGUCCUCUACUGUCAGCAUUGGAAGAAUAAAACCUGAACUCUACAAGCAGAAGUCUGUGGACUCAGAAGAGGCCAAAGAGCCCGUGGAGACUUGCGGAAAGCUAAGCUUCUCGCUUCGUUACGACUACGAGGAGCAGGCUUUGGUGGUGAGGAUCCUGAAAGCUUUGGAUCUGCCUGCCAAAGACUUCACAGGCACCUCUGACCCGUAUGUGAAGAUCUACCUGCUACCCGAGAGAAAGAAGAAGUUCCAGACUCGAGUUCAUCGCAAGAAUCUAAACCCCACAUUUGAUGAGACCUUCUGUUUCCCCGUAGUAUACGAUGAGCUUUGCAACCGCAAGCUGCAUUUCAGCGUCUACGACUUUGACCGAUUCACCAGCCACGAUAUGAUUGGCGAGGUGGUGGUGGACAACCUCUUUGAACUCUCUGAUCUUUCCAGGGAGGCGGUAGUUUGGAAGGAUAUUCACGCAGCAACCACAGAGAGUAUCGAUUUGGGAGAGAUCAUGUACUCGUUGUGCUACCUCCCCACAGCAGGGAGAAUGACCCUAACAGUCAUCAAAUGCAGAAACCUCAAAGCCAUGGACAUCACAGGCUCCUCAGAUCCAUAUGUGAAGGUCUACUUGAUGUGUGAUGGACGGAGGUUAAAGAAGCGAAAAACAACAAUUAAGAAAAGCACACUUAAUCCGGUGUACAACGAGGCUAUCAUCUUCGAUAUUCCCCCGGAGAAUGUGGAACAAGUCAGUCUGUCCAUUAUGGUCAUGGAUUAUGAUCGUGUUGGACACAAUGAGGUGAUUGGCGUGUGUCGCACGGGGCCAGAUGCUGAAGGGCUCGGACGAGAUCACUGGAACGAAAUGUUGGCUUAUCCACGGAAGCCCAUCACGCACUGGCAUGCUCUAGGAGAGUGGCCUGGAAGAGCAGCAAGCUUUGAGAGUCAAGGUUCAUGUCCUUCACCCAAACCUCCACAUACACCCUGAUGAUCACAGGUGGAGUGCCAGCAUCACCUCUGUAAGAAACCAGAUGCUUGUUUGCCGACAAGCUAUGUUGCCUAUCACCCUUUUGAGCGGAUUGAAUUCAUGUUUCUAUGUUUGUACUGAAAUUGUAUUUAUUCAUUUGAAUGCAAGUUCUUCAAGUGCUCUACAGAGAUGGCUAUGCACAGCACUCACAGUCAUUCAAAGCUUGUUUUUCGUACGUGUGCUUUGGAAACGUAUUUGACUAACAUUUACACAGACCACAUGAAUGGUAGGCCUCACUGCAAGAAGUUGUGGUGGUUAACUUGCAGCGUUAUCAGUUUUUUCAGUAUCAGAGCAACAUUUUUCCAGCCCUCAAGCUCUUUAGUGCGUUACCAUUUUAGGUUGAAAUGGCACAAAGUUUAAGGGCUAUGCUGCUCAGUACCACAGAAAUAUUUACUUGAUGAAAAACACUUGAUUAAUCAAGCGAGUCAUGCGGUUUUAUUGGGGAAUGCAGGUAACUGAGCCUCUACAAGGGCUGAGCAAUCUCAGUAAAUCCAUCAGUCACAGCUGUCACAGAUGUGUAAAACAGAAUAGCCAUCACUCUGCAGGACUCUCAUAUUUGGAGAAACAGUAGCUGGUUCAUGUAGCAUAUGUACAAACAGAUCAAAUUAAAUUGUGUCUAAAAGAACUUCAGACUAAAUUGGUUUCUUAAAAUUUGGCCAUAAUGAAAUGACAAAUUCAGGUUUAUUUUUGUACACACGGAACAAUUUUAUUUCAUAACUGCAAACGCAAGCAGCAGUAUUAUUUAGAAACAAUUAAACUUACCCUCUAAUUAGUCGAGUAACACUGAUACUGAAACUCCCAUGUUCAUUAUUGUAGGGUGUUCACUUCAGAACGCAUGGAGAUGACCGUUGUUGUGGACUGUGAGAUUUGGCAGUUCGUUCCCACUUGAAUGUUCAUUUUCAUGCAACCACAGGCAGGUUUUGUAAACACAUCUGUUAGUCCUCUGUGUAAAAACAUUUUGAUGUGCAACAUUAAAAAUAAAACAGUUCUUUUUAAACAUACAUAAUGAAGCAUAGUGAACAAUAAUAAAAAAAGUAGUGUCAUCUUCGGUUUCUUAUAUUAACAGUAAUAAUUAGGCAAAUUAACCUAUACUGGAGUACAAGAAUAAUGCCACAUCGUCUACAUAUCAUUAAUUUAUAAGGUUGCUAAAUUUUUAUUUGGGAGAUGGCGCUUUAGCUGCAAUCUUUUAGCAUUUGAGUGCACCUUUAGGAUUCCUACAUUAUGCUGACAUUUUAAAUUGAGUCAGUGGGAAACAUUAAAGAGUUAGUAUUUUAAAUACUCAGAUAGCUAGCAUAGUUAAUGAGCUAGCUGCAGCUGCUAAUGGUAUAAAAGAUCGACAUAGCUGCUGUGACUGGUUAGGAAAGUCCUGCUGUGAAGCCUCGAGGUUCACAGUAUUGGGUGUUACACAGUCACUGAGAUUACCAUUGCGUCAGCCAAGGAGCAUACCCUGGUUAACCUGCCUUUUUAAUUAAUAAUUUACCAAACUAUAAUUUACCAAAUGAACUUCAUGUUUUAUUCACUAAAGCUUGAGACUAGUUACUGGUCAAUCAGUUGAGAAGGGCUCAGCUUAAAGCCACUACUGCUCAUCAAAAGAAAAGAUUUUAGAUGCAUUUUGGCCAUGUCCAUGUUUGGGUCGGACCAAGGACACAAGACGACACAGAGACUGUCAGCUGGAGGAGGUGAUGUUUCCCUCCCGACCCCAAUCUGGGUAAGUGUCAGAGGAGGGAUGGAUGGAUGGAUGGAUAUGAAACCUGAAAAACAGUUCUGACACUUAGAAUAACCAUAAAUUACAAAUUCAAUUCUAAAUUCCAUUUAUAGGUCGGAUCGUUUGGUUGAGGUCAUUCUAAAGUCAAAAAGUGUUUAUUGAAGUCUUUUUGCAACCAGAUUACCUACCCCUGCUGAAACAAUUUUAAAACAAUGCAUGUUUAAAGCAGCUUGGCUGAACUUUUCAGAGAAACGAGGCCACUGUGGAGCUGCCUUGGCCUUACUUCUACAUUCAUGGUUUAUACUGUCUACGGCUCCAGCUGAUAAAGUCUGCAGGUGGAAUAAGAAAAAAGAAAAUCUUGUAAAUUUAAAUGGCUUGACAGGAAUAAUAGUCAGCAAGGAGUAGGUGUUAUUGAACAGUUAAUUUAAUUUUAAAAAGCGCAGAAGAUUAAUACAAACAGUGGCUGACACACACACACAUUCAAAUGUUUGCAUAUAUUGUGAAUAUUUUUACAAUAUUUUAUAUUUUUAAGCCACAUGAAAUAAAAAGCCAGUAUGACUAACACAGAACAUCAUCUCAGAUUCUCCUGUGAGUAAUAACUAAUAAGAACCCAACAUAGCAAAUAGAAAAAGGCUAUGUACUGUUAUCUUACUUGCAAAUGCAGUUAAUGAUGCUCUUUUCCCCUUGCUCUGUCCUCAGUAUUAAAAAAAAAAGAAUAUUUUUACUUGUAGCAUGCCUCUCACCACUACAGAAAAAAAUUAGCACUUAUCGGGGGAAAUGUGAAUAUGUCAGAGUAUUUCAGAUUAAAAAGUUUGUGUUUACAGUUGUACAUAUCUAUACUUGUCAAUGGACCUUUGGUUUGUAUAUAUUGAAAAGUGAAUUCUAAAAAGCUGUCGUAAACUUAUGGAAAUAGAGACAUCACAAUGUAUUUCUAUUGUUUGGUGAUACUUUGAAGCGCUCCGACCUGUAAACGAGUACAAUUUCGACACGUUCUGUAAUAGUUGUGAACAAUUAGUCAAACUGGAGACCCAGUGAAGCCAAUUCUAAGUUACUGAGUUAUUCCAUGUUUAGGAGUUUAGAGCUUUGAGCUGUAAUUGUUUGAGUAUAUAUGGACCGAGAACAACUUCGACUACUGUCAUGAUGUGUACAGUUUGUGAUAACUUUUGUAACAAUUUAAAGUAAA